GGGUUAUAUAUACAGUAUUACAGUCUUAGGAAAAAAGGUGCUACUUCGAACCAGAAAGGGUUCUUUGGCUUUCCCUAUAGGAGAACCCCUUUUGGAUCCAGGUACAACCCUUUUGGUUCCAGGUAGAACCCCUUUGGGUUCCACGUAGAACCCUUUCCAGAGGGUUCUACAUGGAACCCAAAAGAGUUCUAUCUUGAACCAAAAAAAGUUAUACCUGGAACCAAAAAGGCAGAUCUAUUUAAGGAGCAAUACCACAUAUUCCAACUGUUUUGAAACAAGCAAACUUCCACACUGGCUUUACACAGAUGUGGCCCAAAUCUAGGACCUUGGAACAGAAUGUCACACCCUCAAUUAUUAAACACUUAUUUAAAUAUAAUUUAUUGUUUUUAUUUUCAGCCCAAGUCCAAGAUCUCAUCCUCCCGCAAGGUGUCACUGAAGAUCCUCCUAUUGUCACGUGCAUUAGAGGAGCUGGAGGCAGAGAAACAAGCCAGAGAGGAGGAGAAGGUUCGCUACCUGGGGGAGCAGCUCCCGCCCCUGCAGGUGUCUGGCCUGUCCUUGGAGGAUCUGCAGAAACUGUGUAAGCAGCUCCAUACCAGGGUUGACCAAGUGGAUGAGGAGCGCUAUGACUGUGAGGCCAAAGUCUACAAGAACGGCAAAGACAUCCACGAGUUGAAGCUGAAGGUGAUGGACAUGGGGGGUAAGUUUAAGAAGCCAGCUCUGAGGAAGGUCAGAGUAUCAGCAGAAGAGAUGAUGAGAGCACUGCUGGGCACCAAACACAAAGAACAUAUGGACCUCCGAUCCAACCUCAAGUCUGUUAAGAAAGAGGACAUCAAACAGGAGAAGGAGGGCAACCUGGAAGUGGGAGACUGGAGGAAGAACGUGGAGGCCAUGUCUGGCAUGGAGGGCAGGAAGAAGAUGUUCGAUGCUGGCGGUGGCCAAUAAGGUGGUUCCUCACCACAUGGGGGUGGGGACACAGACUUCCAUGACACUGAGGGGUAAAAAACAAUGUUGGAGAGAGAAGAGAGGAGAGAGAGUGGAGAUAGUGAGAGGGACUGGGAAAACCAGUGUCCAUGACUGAACUAAAGGUGCGCAACUCAGGUCCUAAACCAGGGCUUUAAGACACCACACUUCUGAGUCUCUGUGUCAAAGGUAUUACUGCUGUAGAGCUCAUGUUGCCUGCUGCAGGUUAUAGCGUAGCUACAAAAGUGUCUAUCUAUCAAAUCACUACUGUAUUUAGUCUAACCAAUGUUCUCUCAAGUAGUAUCUUUAAAAAAAAAUCAAGUUAAGUUUAAGGAAUGUGAAUAUAGAAAACUGCCCAAUGUUAUUUGUAAAAAGUCAGAAACUUGUAAAUAGUAAUUGUGUUGACUUAGCCUACACAUACGGACUUGUCUGUAGUAACAUAGCCAAAUUAAAUGACAUAACCACAAAAACAUAUUAAAAAUCACUGUAAUUCAAAAACCAAA